AUAUAUAUAAAAUUAUUAACCCAUAAAGUUUGUCAGAAAUGUCUGCAAACAAAAAGCGUGGUGUCAGUAGCCGUGUCUCAAAGGCUGAGCAAGCACUAAAGAGCAGCAGCGGUAAUGGCAGACCAGGAAGGUUGGUGGUAGAGUCUGGAGAAGAUACUCCCAAGUCAGUUGAGAAAUCUUCCUCAAAGUCUAGUGAAAGCAUUGGAAAUCAAACCCCAAAGACCUCUGUGAAUGCUGGAAAAGUUGUUCGUAAAGCUGGACGCCCUCGAAAGCAUCGGGACGGUGAUGGCAGUACACCAGCGACUUCCACAGCCCUACAGAACCCUGCCACUCUUUCUACCUCUGGUCCGCUGUCAUCUGUUGGUGCCAAAAAAAGAGGCCGAAAAGCCAAGAAUCCCGAAUCUGCAGUUUCCACUGGGAGGAAAAAGAGUAUUAAUAAACGUGCCCUUGAAAUUGUGGACACUUCGAAAGCAGCAAUGGAGAAGUUACAAAAGAAAAAACCCAAAGGAACAAAGUUGUUGGCCACAACAAAAAGUAAAAAAAUAGGGAAAGUUUACACAGAAAAGGGAAUUCUUAGCAAAGUAAAGAAGGUUUGUCCAACAGAAAGCAAAGGCGCUAACAAGAAAGCUGCCAAAGAACUACAGUCUGUAAAUAAUAGUAAACUAAAAUCUUCAACUUUGCAUAAAGUUCUCAAAGGUUCUAAAACAAAGAAAUUGUUUUCAAACUCUGAAACUGAUACCAGUGAAAGCAGCAAAAUGCCAAAAUCCAAAAAACUAGGGCACAGCAAAGACAAUAGCGGGACUGGGCUUAAAAAGGUUAAGCUAAAAACUUUGAUUAAGAUGAAAAAAUCUGGUAGUCAGCCAGGUAGGAAACGCAAAAUACCUCAAGCUGAGUGUGAAGAUUCUAAAAAGAAAACCAAAGCCAAAAAAAUUGUCCAAAGUACUCCGGCCAUUAUCUCGAAACGGAAGUGCAAAAGUAAAAAAAAUGACAAUCCAGAAAGUGAGAACAAAGGCCAGUUGGUGAUAAAGAAAAAACCAGGUCCUGUGAAAGGAAGUAAAAAGGCUGUCCCAAAGACUUCUGCACUUGAUACUAGUAGUAAAGUACAGAAACUGAAGAAAUCGUUAUCGGAUAAAUUAAAAAUUAAGAAAUAUAAGAAAGUGAAAGAUAACCUGUCUCCGCACAGACUUAGUGGCGCUGAAAAUGUGGUCCAGCAAUCCAAUAAGUUUGAAUCAGCCGAUAAUAGUAGAAUAUGUGAAACAAAAGAUAUUCGCUUCUCAAAGACAUCUCCACUUGAGUCAGGUACACCUACAAAUGGAGCAGAAAGUUCUAGAAGACUGGUGAAAACUACACUGGACAGUCAUAAAUUGAAUGUUCAGGGUGUCUAUGAAAGUGAAAUAUCUGAUUGUUUCAAACAAGGAGUUAAUGAGGAUUCUAUCAACAAUGUCGUAGAACUGGCUGACAUGUCUAACAGUGAAGGAAUCAAUACUGUCUUGGUGCCGAACAAGACCAAAUUCCUCAACUCUUCGGUGACUGAUGUUACGGACAGCGAAGAUGUAAAUACACAAAGCACAAUAGACAGUGAGGAUGUCACUACGCGAAGUACUCUCGAUAGUGAAGAUGUUAAUACACAGAGCACCGUGGAAAGUGAUCGAGUGACUACUCCUUGUACAGUUGAUAGUGAGGCAGUCAAUACUCCAGGUACUGUUGAUAGUGAUCAGGUUAACACACCAUAUACCAUAGAUAGUGAAGAUGUAAAUACUCAGAGUACUGCAGACAGUGAGAGGAUCAAUACUCCUUGUACAGAAGAAAGUGAAAACGCCGUUCCUCCUCUUUCUGUUGACAGUGAGGAGGUGAACACCCCUUGCAGUGUCUUCAGUGAACAGGUGAACACCCCUUGCAGUGUCCUCAGUGAACAGGUGAAUACUUCCUGCAGUGUAGAUAGUACAGAGGCUGCAAUGCCAAGCUCAAUAGAAAGUGAACGGAUUAAUACACCUUGUUCGAUUGAUGCUGACGAUCCCAGCAGUUGUGAACUGGUAGCUUCAGAUGUGAAGGCUACUCAUGUUGUCAGUUCCCAGAGUCUAGAAUACAACACUGUGGAAUCUUCGAAAACCCCAGUUAAUCUGAAGGUGGAAGAUAAUGUGUGUUCGAAUCAGAUGUUAAGUAGUCUUGAACAGAAGUCACCAGCAGCAAGUGUGGAACCAUCAAGUUUACUUGAUAACCAAUCCAAAGAAGUGAUAAAUACGGGUAGACUGAGUUCACUUCCAAACUCCGAAAGUUCUGAACAAAACCAAGCUGGCUGCCAGUCAUUUCCCAACCAGUCCAAAGUUGAAACGGAUGAUGACAUUUAUACCAAACCAGCAAGCUCUGUGGAAAUGAGUCCUUUACUUUUGGAACUUUCCCCUGCUGAAAGUGAGGUAAACGUAGUUGAUGAUGUCGAGGUUGUUGAUCCCACCAACACAUCACCAAUUGAACCAGAUCUGUCUACAGACAAUCAAACAGAUCAUGGCUCAGAUUUGAUUAGCAGUCCAGUUUCACACACGGCAAAAGCUUCCGAGCAGUUGCUGGAAAUGCAACAUUCUGCAGAAGAAAAUCAUGGAGAUUGUUCUACGUUUUCAGCACUGAAGGAGAAAAAUUGCGAUGACUCUUCGGGGUUUACUGUUCAGGCAAAACUUGUGUCUUCAAAUCCGUCAGUUGAAUUAGCUUCAGAUGCCACCAGUUCUAUGCCAGUGUUUUCAUCGACUGUUAGCAAAGAUCUUCAAACAACAAAUGUUGCAGCCGUAUCUGUUCCCUCUGCAAAGUCUGAGGAUGAAGCUUACAGAUCUAAAUGCUGCACCAAUGAUGUUGGAAGUCUUGCAGAACCAGUGCAAAAAGACCUUGCUAUUGCUACAGAAGAUAGAAAAGAAUCUGUGACUGAUGAAGUGUUGGAAAAGUCAGCAUGUGUCAAUAUGCCUGGCUUGGUGUCUGUCAUCUCAAGACCUUCCAUUAUUUCUUCAAGUAAAACAGACAUUAUUAAACACCAGCAGCAAACUAACUCAGCUAAUAUACAUAAUUUACAUGAAGAUAACAAGAAACCAUUUCAACCCCAGUUCCCUGUCAAAGACAAAAAUAUUUUUGCCUCGUUUGCUGAACUUGAACCCAAGCUUCACGAAAAGCCUCUGUCUGUAAUCCGAGCAACAGCAAAUCCAGAAGCUAGUGUUUCAGCUUCACUGGUGAUGGAGAUGUUAUCACCACCCUCAUCUUCCACCUUCAAACUCUCUAACUGCACUUCUGUAUUGAGCAAGAUCUCGAAAUGUAGCACCGAUGUAGACACGUGUAGUUCUGAUGUAAAUAAAUCAGCCACUAAAAUACUGCAGGAUAUUUCUUCAUCUGAAACUGUUCCUACCAAAAUUACAUCACCACCACCAGAAGCAAUUUCUCAUGGCUCUUCAUUCUUUGAAAGUAAAAUGAAUUAUGUAAAGGCUACGGAGACGGAGACUUCAGCUUCACUACCCAGAGCUGGUGAGGAAUGCAGUAAAAUCACAUUGUCACACACUUAUUCGAAAUUUGUUGAAGAUUUGCCUGAUCAGAGAAACAUGCUGAAAGUUAUCCCCCUUGAGCAACCUUCCUCUGGUGGUGAGCCACAACCUGCUUCACAAGCAACAUCAUUGUCACUUGGAACUAAACUGUCAGUAAACCAAAAGGAUGAUCAACCUCCAGCAACUGAAUUAGAUUCCACAUCUGAUGAACAGAAAGUUGUUGAAAGCAAUUUGAAUACAAAAAUACAAUGGCAGCCAAAUGCUGUAGCCAUGUCUUCUGAUGCCAAAGAGUUGGACCCUAACAUAGCUUCUGUGAUCAAAUGUAGUGACGAUGCCAACAAGUCUGAUCCAAUUAAACUGUUCAAAGAGCAAAUCAUUAAGAAUGUACUUCCUAACGAAGUAUUUCAAAUGAAGACUUUACCCAGUAAAGAUAAUUUGUAUUCUCCUUCCAGUAUUGUUGCCACUGUUGCAUCUAAAAUUGACUUGAGUUUGAACACUGCAGCAUGCUCUGCUAGCUUUAAAGAUGAACAUGGUUUACCCUUGGAUACAGCUUCUGUCAAACUUGAUCCAGACAAGCCUAUGGAUAAUGACAUUUUCAAAGUUAAUUCUGAUUUACAAAAAGAUACAGUUAAUCUUAAAGAUGAUGCUGAUACGCAGUCAGAUUCAGCUAGUCCUAAAACAGAUCCUUAUAUGCAAUCAGAUGAGGGUAGCCCUCAAGUCAACUCUAAUGUGCUAUCAAAUGAAGAUAGCCCCAAAGAUGAGCCUGAUACAAUACUGAAUGUAGAUGGCUCCAAAGACGAGCCUGAUACUCUAUCAAAUUUAUAUGUCCCCCGAAAUGAGUCCAACACAUUAUCAAAUGUUGAUAGCCCCAAAGAUGAACCCAAUGCAUUAUCAAAUAUAGAAAGUACUAGAUAUGAGCCUGGUGUAUUAUUAAAUGUAGGUCACCCCAAAGUUGAGCUCAAUACAUUAUCAGAUCUAAGUAUCCCUAAAGAUGGACCUGAUACAUUGUCAAAUGUAGAUAGCCCUAAAGAUGUACCCAAUGCAUUAUCAAAUGAAGAUAGCCCCAAAGAAGAGCCUAAUACAUUAAUAAGUAUGGGUAGCCCCAAAGAUGAGCCCAAUAUAUUAAUGAAUAUUGAUAGCCACAACGUUGAACCUAGUAAAUUAAUAAAUGUGGGUAGCCCCCAAAAUGAGCCAGAUACAUUACCCAAUGUAGGUAGUCCCAAAGUUGAACAUGACACGUUGAUAAAUGUCAGUAGCCCCAAUGAUGAACCCACUACAUUAUCGAAUGUAGAUAGCCCCAAAGUUGAACCUGACAUAGUAGUAAAUGUCAGUAGCCCCCAAAAUGAGAACAAUACAUUAUCAAAUAUAGGUAACCCCAAUGAUGAGCUCAAUACAUCGAUAAAUGUAGGUAGCCCCAAUGAUGAGCCCAAUACAGUAAUAAAUGCAGGUAGCCCCAAAGGUGAGCCCAAUACAUUAUCAGUUGGUGGAAGCCCUAGAGAUGAGUCCAAUGCAUUAAUAAAUGUUGGAAGCCCUGGAGAUGAACCCAGUGCAUUAUCAAUUGUUGGUAGCCCUAGAGACGAGUCCAAUGCAUUAAUAAAUGUUGGUAGCCCUAGAGACGAGUCCAAUGCAUUAAUAAAUGUUGGUAGCCCUAGAGAUGAGCCCAAUACAUUAAUAACUGUAAGUAGCCCCAAAGGUGAGCCUGAUAAAUUAUCAGUUGUUGGUAGCCCUAGAGAUGAGUCCAAUACAUUAGUAAAUCUAAGUAGUCCCAAAGAUGAGCCCAAUACAUUAUCAAUUGUUGGUAGCCCUAAAGAUGAGCCCGAUGCAUUAAUAAGUGUAGGUAGCCCUACAGAUGAGCCCAAUACAUUGUCAGUUGUUGGUAGCCCCAAAGAUGGACAUGAUACAUUAAUCAAUGCAGAUAGUCCCAAAGAUAAGUCCGAUAUAUUAUCAAAUAUAAAUAGCCCCAAAGAUGAGCCCAAUGCAAUAUCAAAUACAGACAGCCCCAAAGAUAAGUCCAAUACAUUAAUAAAUGAAGGUAGUCUUAAAGAUGUACCUGAUAUACAAUCAGAUACAACAUGCCCCGAAAUUGACCUCAAUAUGCAGUUUGAUGUAACUAACUCCCAAGUUGAUGCUAAUAUGCAAUCAGAUUCUGAAUGUUCUAUGGAUGUGCAGUUGAAUGCAACUAAUUCCGAAGUUGAUCCCAAUUUGCAGUCGGACUCAGCUUGCUCUAGAGUUGAACUUGACAUGCAGUUGGAAGUAACUAACCCUGCAGCUAAUCCCAUUAUGCCACUGUCUACAGCAGAGGAUUUGCCAAUGGAUUCAGCAGUUUCCAAAGCUGAUGGUGGCUCUCAGUUGACUAUGACUGCUGUUGUUAAAGUCAAUUCUGCUACUUAUCAAGACAAAUGCAGUCCUGACGAGAAGUCAGAUGUUAUUGACAACACAAACACUCCUCCUUCUGCAUCUUGUGAGCCAUCUUCCCCUGUGGUUGCUUCAGAGAAUAAAUCUUUUCAGCAGAAUCAGUCUCCGGUCGCUGGAGAUGAAGCAGAGCAGUUCAUCAAAACAUCAAAGCCUUCGGAUCAAUGCCAACCAUGUGAAGUGAAUGAUAGUCCUCAGUCCUCUUCAUUAUUUCCACCUCAUCAAACUUCAUCAUCGUCAUCAUCAGUAUCAUCUGUAAUACUUCCAUCAUCAUCAUCAUCAUCCUCAUCCUCCUCCUCAUCAUCAUCAUCCUCAUCGGCAUUGUCAUUAUCAUUGCCAUCAACAUCAUCAUCAGAGCUACUGUCUCAUGAACAAUUACCUAGCUUAGCUCUAUCAGAUAUGCCUUCUCAAGAACAGAAACUACCAUUGGUUAUAAGGUUUAAUGAUUCAUCUAAUACAUGUGAUGUGAAAAAUGACGAGGAGAAAGGGAAACCUAGUGUCAAGGCAGAGGUAACCAGUGUGGUGGCAGAGAAGACGUACGUAGAAACGAAGGUCAGUGAAGAAAAUGCAGUUAGUUCUGUAGAGUCUUUAAAUGACUCAAACCUAAAUGGCAUUCCUGACACUAUAGGCAAUGGCAAUGAACCUCCUCCUGGUAUCAAGACUUCCAGCCUUGAUCCUUCAUCAAAUCUCAGCUGUAGUAGUGAUAGUAGUAAUAGUAACAGCAAGACGUCUGCUAUGGGGACUGUUACUUCAUCAUCUAUGGCCAGUCCAUCAUUGUCUAAAUCUGAUGAGGCUUCUGUGAUACAUAGUGAAACCUCCUCCGAUAGUGCAGUACCUUCCUAUAAAAAGAACCCUGGUGCCUUGAUACAAAAUCCAACAAACACAACAGAAUCUUUGGCUGCAUUUUCUUUGAAUUCUGCCCCAGUUAAAAAGGAGAGUCUUACUGUCCCCACUAUCAAGAUAAAAGUCGAGUCUGAAGCAACUCCAUCAGACACUUUGUCCCAUUUGUCAACCUCCAUGGUGAUAGCUCCUGCCGCUGCUCAAAGAAUUCUCUCGUUAGCAACUCUGGCCAACAAAGUCACUCUGAAAUCCAGCCAUGCCACACCAGCCAUUAAGAAAUCAAAAUCAGUAGAUUCUGAAAGUGGCAGUUUGUUACUGAAAGGAGAGGCAGAUGGUAACCUGGUGGAAAGUGAAGAUAACAGUGAAAGUGUGGAUGAAAGAGUUACCGGUUCAAAGAGCAGUGCUCCAGCUCCCCAUAGGGUUGUGAGUGGAGAUUUAACCGACCAUUCGAAGAAGGCUACAGUUGCCAUUCCUUCAGAUAAAGUUCCUGAAAGAGAUGUUUCUGGCUCAUCAACAUCUACAGAAUCUCCAAACAUUGAGAAGCCUCUACUUAGCAAAGAUGAGGAAAAACUCUCCAGUGUUGAAUUAGGGAAAACCCCUACAGCUACCGACUUGGACAAAGGCUCUGCAGAAAACACUAACAACAGUUGCCUGAAAUCUCCAAACUCCACUUCUAACUCGCAGCUUGUUUGUGAUCCUUCUCUGAAAGAGAAGGACAGUGAAGAGCAAAGAAAAGGUUCUAGUUGUCAGGUUACUGUUGACCUGUCCGUCUCGGUCAGCAUCGAGCCCCCUCCUACUCCUUAUCCUCCCCUCUCCAUAUCUCCAAAGGCAUCUCAUAAGAACAUAGAGAUAAACGAGAGAACUGAAAUGAGGUCAUCCCCCCCUGAUGAUAAAUCCAGCUCCUUAGCUGCAGUUAAAAAGCCAGAUGUGGAAAUAGUCAAACCACAGCUGAAGCCAUCAUUUGCUAUCUUUGACAGCUGCCUUGUGUGCAUAAUUUGCCGGAAGAUGUGCAAAAGUAAGAAAUCUUUCCAGGCACAUGUGUGGUGGCAUUUUCAUGCUUGUAGUCGGAUGUGCACCCAUUGUCUGCCUCCUCCAGAACCCAUCAGUAUUAAUAACCAACACAAACUUCAGCUGAAUAAGUGCCCUUAUGUGAUGGAUGUUAUGGUUAAAAUAUGUCGCACUCUUAAAAAGAUACGUCAGGCAAAGCUGCAGUCUGGCAAAGACCAGGUUGAGCGUGAAAAAACAUUUGCAGAGGAGGAAACUGACACCGAGAGCGUGGAUCUAGACUACGACUUGAACAACGGUGGUAGUGGUGGCGGUGGGGAAAACAGUAGCAGCAAGAUGGCGGAUCUGUCACUGACCGCAGCACAAGUUGACAGCAGCCAGUCAAACAACCAGAAAUCCAAUGCAACCGAUGACAACAGUAUAUUUGCUCCAGCAAACGUUGAGUAUCUCAGGUCUCUCUACUCCAGUGGUAGUAACAGCAAAAAACGGACUAAAAAGUCUUCUUCCAGUGGCCCGAACCACCACCACCACCACCACCAUCACCACCACCACCACCAUAGUUCGUCCUCGUCGUCUUCUUCGUCCACCUCCUCAUCUGUGGUAAACUCUUCAGUGUCGUCUUCCCACAAGAAAGGGGGUUUCUAUGUCUGCGGUUUUCAGUACUGUACUUACUCCUGUAUGAAUUGUCUUCAGUUCCGUCUGCAUCUACAGCAGUGUCAUAACUUUGAAACUGUGUUUCCUUGCUACCAUUGUGGCCAGCUGAACUAUUCAAAAGAUGACCUCAUCAAACACAUGUACAAUCAUUCAAAUGCGCGAGAUUUUCUGCUAUUUCGAUGUUGGUUCCCUCGGUGUCGAUUUGGUACAAACAUGCUUCAGGAGUUUCACGAACACAACAACAUCUUCCAUGUCGGUGAGUUAGUGUUUACCUGCUUCUAUUGCAAUACGGAGUUCCCCGAACUAUCUGAACUGCUCAACCAUCUCCAGUCUAAUUUGCUGAAAUUUGUACAAUGUCCUCACUGCACUGUGAAGGACCGAAACCGAAGGACUGUUUUGAACCACAUAUCUACCGAACACCCACUGAAACCAAAGCAAAUUGUGGUCACCUGCCAAGUUGUAUGCAAAAAGAAGCAAACUGUCUCCCCUGAUGCUAGUGAGAUACUGCACAAUCAGCAUCUUAAACUAAACCAGUCUCUGUCCGAAGAACGAAUACUGGAAUGUAUUAAAUGUGGCCUGAUCUGUCGUAACAUAGCAACAUUACGGAAACACUCCCGCGUCUGCCUCCGAGACGCUCUUUCUAAGAAAACAUUCAGCUCACCAAGAGAGAACAAUUUAACUAUGAUCUACUCUUGUCAAUGGUGUAGUUUCCCAGCAGCCUCUGAUACAAUGCUUUUCCAGCACACUGUUGACCAGCAUCCGGGCAAGAAUGCCAAUUUUGAGCAGAUUGAGCUGAAGGCACUUGACUCAGGAUAUGGUGAAUAUGAAAACCUCUCUAGAAUGUCGUCUUGGCUCGAAACAACCAAGAGCGAAGCUAUCAUCUGCCCUUACUGCAAAGUUGGCUUUGAUGAUGAACUCCAGUGGAGUGAACACAUGGAGCAUGAACACAACCACGAAGAGCAUAUAGUCAAAGAAGAAGAUGAUGAUGAUGACGACGAUGAGGAUGGCCAUUUAUCAAAGUACCGAUGUGAUUUUUGUGAAUUUAACGGUAUUUCUGAAAAGGAUCUCUUAGAUCACCAGCAAAUGAUGACUAUAUCCGAGGGUCCUGACGGGCUGCAUAGAAGGGUUGUUGACCUCGCAAAUGUAACACCAAAAGUGACAAUGUUAACGGACACCAAGUUAACUGUGAGUAACGUUCAGUCAUUCAAGAAGUUCAAGAGGUCACCAAGUAAAAAGAUGAACAAUGCAUUCUUUAAGUGUUCUGGCUGCCACUUCCGGAGCUUGAGCAAGUGGCAAUCAUUGCGACACGUGAAGCAUUGUUCCCUUGCAAAGCGACGCCUCUCAGAAUAUAUGAAGAAAAGAGGGUCAUUCGUAAGCCGAGAUGAAGUGAAGGCAGAUAUGGACAUAUACAAUUUCCCAGAAAGCAACUCUGGAUCAUCGUCUUCGUCGUCUGAGCGACUGAGUUUCACUGCCGCCAGUAGUGAUGAGCUACGCAAUCAAAAGAGUUCUCGAAUGAUGUCAUACAUGCGGGACAAACAGAUGAACCUGAUGGCCAAGGAAGGUAUUAUCGACUGCACAGACAGCGAGGGAUACAAGUGUUCAAUUUGUAAACAUACUGGCAAAACAAUGAUAAACAUUCGGCAGCAUCUGUGGAAGACUCAUCUGAAACUAAAACCCGUUCGUUGUCCUUGCUGUCCAUUCACGUCCUGGAAGAACUACACCCUGGAAAAGCACAAGAUCAGCAAGCAUCAUCAUUCGCAUCCCAACCUCUCUGAUCAAGAGAUGAAAUCGCUGGCUCAGAAUCUCCAAGGAACCACUGAUGGUCUCGUUGAAUGUCAGCUCUGUUUCUACAAGAGCCCCAGUCCAUAUAAAGUACGAACACACCUCUGGCGAACGCACAUGCACCUUGAAAUGAAACAGUGUAGGUCCUGCUCUUAUAAGUGUUGGUAUUGGUACUUAAUGAACAUGCAUCGACUGUCACGACACAAAAUAAAGGUAGACCAGAAUAGCACGAAAUAUCAGCAGCAGCAACAGCAGAAGAGUCAAAACGAAAACAAAAAUAUGCUCGAAGGUAAUGGUGAAUCCAAAACCAAUGACAAAAAUUCGUGUAAAUCAAAUGAUGGUGACAAUGCUGUAAUGUCUGACGAAGACAUGAGUCAACUAGCUAAAGAGUUGAUGGAGCGAAAGACUGAUAAUAAAUACGAAUGCACUAUAUGUAAAUAUGAAUGCACACGCAUUAUGAUAAUGAAAAUUCAUAUCUGGAAGCGCCAUUUGAAUGUAAAACAACGCAAAUGCCAAUAUUGUCCGUACACUUGCUGGCUAGAAACGCGUUUGGCUCAACAUGUAUGUCGGAUUGUAGUAGCCAGUUCUUGUGAUGUUAACUCCGAUGGUGGCGGCGGUGGUGAUGGUGGUGCCACAGGGCCAAUACAGGACUCCAAAUCUCGGUGGGUGAUUUCAAAAGCAGAUGAACAUGGUUGCAAGUUAUACAUUAAUAAAUCAAAGCGUCCACACAAAAGACUAUCGUUUGAAGAGUUCGGAAGGCCGUGUCCAAAGAAAUUCCGAUCACUUUCCGAAGGCGGGGCUGCCAAUGGGAGUGCUGAUAACAGUGUUGAUGGCUUAGAUGACUCUGAGAAUACCUCGAGUUUUACUGCCACCUCAACUGUGGCAACUUUUGUCAAGGGAAGUAAGAACUUUUCUUGGAUCCGACAGAAGCAUGAGAAGUCUGUUUCUCAAUCUUUCUUCCGCGUUAAUGACAAAAAACUUUUUGCACGCACCACAGACCGUUUGAACCAGUUGGAAAUUUAUACGUGUGUUUUCUGUAGCUAUAAGUCCUGGAAUAUGGAGGCAAUGUGUCACCAUACUUACAAACAUAAGCUACAGUGUGGUUACUGCUUGUUCAGAGCCUACAGCCGGAAGAAGAUUGCUGAUCAUAUUGAUGAAUUCCAUCAAGCGCCACUGAAGAUUGUUGUAGAUAAAAACUUCAAGAAAUAUCAAAUGGUAUUUCCUUCAUUGGGUGCCAGCAGAGAAAAGUUCCGUAGUAAGGGCAUGACAGACAUGUACCGUCACCGAAGAGCAAGUGGCAGUACCAGAAACAAAGUUAUCAACCUUGACGACUCCGAUGAUUCUGACGACUCCGAGUCGACGUCUGACUGGCGGCCUUCCUCUGAGAGCGAUGACGAUGAUUACAUCACACGAUACUGCUGUUGUUAUUGUUCGAUGCGAACACAUGACUAUGAGCGCUUCCGUAAGCACAUUGCUAAACAUUCCAGAAGCUGUGAGGAGCUUCAGUGUCAGAGUUGCUCAUACCGUACGCAUGAUACGUACAAGUUUGAGCAUCACCUCAAGAAGCAUCCAAGGGAGCAUUUUUGUGGCUACUGCAACUUCUCGUCGAUGCAAGAGUCCUUUGUGCAGCUGCAUGUUCGGCGAUUGCAUCCUAAAAAACCAAUUCAGAUUCAUAGUCGUAGCAAAGCUGCUGCAGCCAGCAACAGGACUCUGCCAUCUGCGGUGGUGCCAGCCAAUUUCAAUGUGCGUGUUGUUCUAAAAGACUUCCUGGCACUUGACACUCUGGAAUUUGAUUCCUUAAUGAAAGCCAAUUUCAUUCACAGCAUUGAUCUUGAAGACAUUGUUCUUGAAGAAGAUAAACUGUUGUCUGUAUUGUGAUCUCUCCAUCACUCCUUCUCCUCCUCCUACUCCUCCUCCUACUCCUUCUCCUCUCUGAAGAAGAGGGGUGGGUUUUAACAAACAAACAAACACACCCUUUCCUAGCCCCUUCCCCCCUGCUGUACAUAGUACCAUUGGUUGAUAAUGUAGCCAAAUAAAAGUCUAGACAAAUACUAUAACCAAGAUGGAGAAAAAUAAGAAAAGAAAACAAAAAAAAAACUUGGUUGGCUGAUGAACUUACAAAAAAUUUUUUUUUUUUUAAACCUGUGUUUUAUUUUUCAAAUUCUUCUGUGAAGAAUUAGUGGCCGUUUGCUUCAAUAAGAUUAGGAAGAAUCUGAGCAGGAACCACCAACCUUGAAAUGGUUCUUAAUGUGAUUCAUUUCCAUUGGAAUAUAAUUUGAAGUUUAAAGUUCUGAAUCUCUCUCUCUCUCACCGUGGCAUGUGGUCUAUAACUAGUGUCACAAAGCUUAAGUUAAAACAGUUUCCUCCUGUGACAUUUGUUGAUUAAGGACCAGCUUCUUUACUUCAAACAUCCUGGUUUUCAUCCUACCCUCCCAUCCACCCACCAACUGUAAACAUGUUUGUGCGUGUGCACAGAAUGCACUCGCAUCCACCAAAGUCAAUUCUCCUCCCAGAAUCCUGUUUUGGGCUGGGCAUAUUACAGGUGAUCGAUCAUCAAUAUAUGUGUCACCUGUAGUGUUAAUUGGCGAAAAUUGUAAUCAUACCUUAAGUUGGAACAAGGGAGAAGUAAUAAUGACACCUUGCCCCACACCCAAACCCCAAUCCUGACCCAUGCAUGUACCAGCCCUGUUGAGACAGGCACCAAAACCCACCUUUAAACCUGAUAAAAACCCAUUUUGAAGAUAUCAUUAAAAGAAAUGAAAACACCAAAAGGCAUUCAUUUAAAGCUGUUAAAUGUCUGCGUGUGUGUGUGUGUAUAUAUAUAUAUAUAUAUCACACAUGUAUAUUAGUGCACAUACAUGGGUGUGUAUAUAUAUAUAUAUAUAUAUAUAUAUAUAUAUACACACAUGUAUGUAUAUACACAUAUAUGCAUGUAUAUGUGUGUAUAUACACAUAUGCAUGUAUAUGUGUGUAUAUGCACAUAUAUGCAUGUAUAUAUAAAUGUGUGUGUGUGUAUAUAUAUAUAUAAUGAUACUGAAUAUGUAUGUGUGAUGUUAUGUAUAUAUCUGGCAUGUAAGUAUGUAGAUAGGUGUGAUGUUAUGUAUAUUUGGCACCAAGUGUGUAUGUAUGUAUGUAGAUAUUAAUGGCUGCAAGGUUAAGGUGCUAGAUUUACAGACCAGAUGGUCAUGUGUUCAAACCUUGCUAGUGCAGCCAGUGUACUGUUGUGCUGCUCCUGAGCAAAGGCAAAGCAGAGCAAAUAAUGAAAUGAGCUCCGCUUGUUCCUGUGUUUUGCCUGACUUAAUUUUAAACAGGUCUCUACUACCUGAUUCACUGUUUGAGUGGUUAGUGGUAGGAAGGGCAAGCAUUUGUAGGUGUGAAAAAUAAUUGCUCCAACAAAAAAAAAAAAAUCCAUCCCACCCAUACAAGCAUAGAAAACGAAAAAAAAUUCACAAAAAAAAUGGAUGUAAAACAGCAACAAAUAAAAAUGUUAUUAAAACCGUCGCGUCACAAAAAAAAAAUCAAGA